GGUUCUUCUGUAGACUGCUCGGACCCUGGUAAGAUAAGAUCGGAUAGUUUCGGUUGUUUUCGGGUUAUCGUUCAAAACCAAAGUGGCCCAUUCUUUCACGUUGGUGGUCAUAUCCGUGUGUUCGAACGUGUGUAGGGCUGAUCGUGGUGUGGUCUGCUGUGUUGGUAUUGUCAAUGGUUCUGACGGUUCGUGUUCGGCUCGCAGCCCGACAGAAAUUGCGUGGUCAGUCAUUUGAAAUGUCACUCAGUGGCAAUAAAACGCUCUGGCGACAAUCAGCAGUAUGAGCAUAACGAAUGCUCAAAUUCGUGAGCCGCAACUCGGCAAGCCGUCCCUUGCUGCUGCAGCCGACCCAACUUCACUCCCUCCAUUACGUCCGAUAUCAGCCCCGCCUAGCGCCGACGAACAAAGGGAGAUUUUGAAUUCUAUACGACCGCCUAGAGAAUGGACAGAUGAGGGACACCUAUGGAGGCAACAGGUCUCAAGUAUUCCUGCUACGCGGCUCGACGUAUUAAACUUACAGGAGCAGCUGGACGCAAGGCUGCAGCAGAGACAGGCGCGUGAAAUGGGCAUCUGCCCUGUUAGGCGUGAACUGUAUACACAAUGUUUUGAUGAAGUAAUUCGGCAAGUGACAAUCAACUGUGCAGAACGUGGGCUGCUGCUGCUUCGCAUCAGGGAUGAAAUUCGCAUGACCAUCUCUGCUUAUCAGAUCCUCCAUGAAAGCAGCGUAGCAUUUGGUAUCAGGAAGGCCCUCAUGGCUGAGCAAGGCAGGGCUGACUUGGAAGCAGCUGUGGCAAAGCUCUGUUCAGAGAAGUCUGAACUGGAAAAGCAAGUAGUGGAACUGCGGUCUCGUGCUGAUCAGAUAGAGCGGCGUUCUAAUGAACAGAAAUUAGCAGAGGAAAAGAAGCAUACAGAGCAAAUUCAAAACCUCAUGAAAACCAACCAACAGCUGAAGGCCCAACUUGAAGGAAUUGUUGCACCCCAGAAGUGAUUCCCAUUAUCAAAUGCACAUGACCACCACCUUGAUAAUGAUGGAACUAGGAAGUAUCAAAAUGGGAAGUCUCCAAUAGCAUGAGCCUCAAAGGAAAUUUAAUGACAAUUAGUCACUUAAUACCUGUGAUAUCG